AUGUUGAUGGGAAUGCUGAUUGUAAAACGAUUUACAGAUCGCAAUGUGAUUUAUAUUCUGACUUCUUCAGAACUUCAGAUUCCUCAGAAGACACCUAAGUCAGUCACGAAAUCUGAAGAUUUUGCCUCAUGGCAGGGAUUAAUUCGCCUUGGAAUGCCAGUAUUUCGUGCAAAUGGAGAGUGUAUCGUAUUCCCACUCAGGCCUGCAGUACAGAUGAAAAGCAGCCGUCGUUUCUGCGAAACUGUUGGGUUGCAGGACUAUGACCACCUAGAACCUUCCAGGAUUUUCCAUGCUGCUCGACUAGUUGCCAUUCUUGAAGCCUAUGCUUUUUAUGACCCUGAAAUUGGCUACUGUCAGGGAAUGAGUGAUUUGCUGUCCCCAAUCGUUGCUGUAAUGACUGAGGACCAUGAAGCUUUCUGGUGUUUUGUUGGUUUUAUGAGGAAGGCUCGGCAUAAUUUUAGGCUCGAUGAGGUUGGAAUCAGAAGGCAACUGAAUAUUGUUUCUAAAAUUAUAAAAUUCAAGGAUUCACAUCUCUACCGACACUUGGAGAAGCUUCAGGCAGAGGACUGCUUUUUUGUAUACAGGAUGGUGGUGGUACUCUUUAGGAGGGAAUUAACUUUUGAGCAAACACUUUGCCUGUGGGAAGUGAUGUGGGCAGAUCAAGCUGCAAUUAGAGCUGGUAUUUGGAAGUCUGCUUGGAGCAGAAUAAGGCUGCGUGCACCCCCAACAGAAGAUUUAUUGUUGUAUGCCAUUGCUGCUUCAGUCUUGCAAAGAAGGAAACAAAUCAUAGAGAAGUAUAGCAGCAUGGAUGAGAUUUUAAGGGAGUGCAAUAGCAUGGCUGGGCAUCUAGACGUGUGGAAACUCCUUAAUGAUGCACAUGACUUGGUUGUGACCCUGCAUGACAAGAUAGAGACCCCUUUUUGAUGGUGUCAUUAAAAUUAUGAGCUUAUGACUAACUAAUUUGUUCAUCUCAGCCGGUGGCGGUGAGGGCCUUUAAACAGAAAGCGCGCAGUAAGACAUAUUUCAUCAUAUUGCUGGCUUUGAACGUUUUUUGGAGGGUUUAGAUGUGCCAGCCAGGUAAACAUACUCACUGAGAUGUGUAUUUCUGGAGUAUCCAUGCUCUGCUUCUGAUCAAAGUUCGUGGAAUCAUUCAAUUGACGUUUGCAACUUAAUAGAUUCA